AUGUUGAGGGCAGCUAUUAUCGGGAACCAUUUGUGGAGAAGGGAGAUGACCGGUUGUGAGUCGGGGCUGGAUAAGUGGAGAUGGAGUUUGUGUAUGGAGAGGGUUCGGUUGACUACCGAGAUAAAGUUUUGUUGUGUAGUGUCGAACAAUUUUUGGGAAGAGGGGAGGUUAGGGCGAAUUGAUCCUCUGUGGCGCCAUGGUCUGCAGAGAGAGAUUUUCUCGCAGUUUCGGAUACAGAGUUUUUCUAAUGGCGUCUGCUAUCAUGAAAUGGGUGGUCGACCCGAACUGCAAUCCCUCGCCGCUCUUCACAUGAAAACGUUGUCCAAUCGCCUCAAGAAACACGGCUUUGCAAGCAAAUCCUCUCCUUUCAGCCCACCUGGUAACUCAAACUCAAAAUUAAGGGCCAAAUUCGCCAGCACAAGCUCGACUAUAACCAUAGCAAAAGAGGCCCCGGGACACAUCCUUCGACCUCCGCCAAACGGAAUAAACUGCAACUGCCCUUUUAAACCCACCGAAUCAUGCAAGAAUCUCUCAGGCCAAAAUUUUUCGGGUUCGGCCCAUAAUGAUGGGUCUCUUCCAAUGGCCCACACGUUGAUGACCACUCGCGUGCCUGAUGAGAUAUCUGGGAGUGGAGGGUGCAAGCGUAAGGUCUCUUUCACAAUGGCUUUUAAGUAUUGGCAUUUGUCUAAGUCAUCUUCGGUUAUGGAUGAAUUGUGUCCUGCUAUGUUUUUCAGUUCAUUUUUCAGCUUUCUCAUGACGUUUUCGUGUCUUAUGAGCUCGGACAGUGUCCACUCGAUAAGUGUGUAG